GCACACUACAUGAUAUAAACGUGAAGGAAGCGUUUAUGCGUCAAAAGGUAAUGUUUGAAGUAAUCUUGUUACAGCUCCGAGGUUUACAUGGAAUAACGAAUGCUUGUCUCCAAAAGCUAUUGAACAUUUUACAAUUAACAAUUGAGUCAAGGAAAUUAACCUAUUUAACGUGUCAUCAUUUUACUUCAAAACAUAAAUUAAAAACGGAUUUGGUUGCAUUACGCUCUGUCAGUUCGAACUGUGAUAGUGUUGUAUUUGGUUUACUCACGUACAGAACGUGGAUACGCGCCCAAAACAGUUGCUUUCUGUUCACUUUACUGCAUUACACGUGUUUGUGCGAAUUGUUAUUACCAAUCAUCUCGCGUCAUUAGACAGCCUGAAGCGAUAAAUAAAUGUAUACCCUCAGCUUAUGUAAAAUGACAGCUUUUUUUAAACUCGUGUCUUUCAAUUUAAUUUCCAAUUGUAUGUAACAGAAUAACAGCAGUUGUGCAUCAAAAUAUAGCACCAUCUUAACCAAAGCACGUGUAGCCUCGUAUUAAUUAGAAAAAAGAACUAUAAAACAAAAGCACACGAUGCCCGAAUUACCAACAGUUCCCAGUAAUCACAGGCUGUAUCAGUGUGAUAGGUGUAAACGGUUCCUCCGAUCGUUCACGGCUCAUUUGUUCUCCCACAUAGGUCUCUGUGGACUAGUGAUAGGUUAUGCUAUAGUCGGGGCAUUCACGUUCGAAUCCUUGGAAGCCACGCAUGAGAUCACGAAGCGCUCCCAAAUUAGUAAGUUCAGGGAAAACUGUCUCGAAGACCUUUGGGAAAUUACCAAUAACCUGAACGUACUGUAUCAAGAGAACUGGACAGUGGCAGUGGCUGGAAGGUUGAAGGACUUCGAGCAGACCGUCGUCAAUGCUGUCAAAAACGAAGGGUAUAUUGGCAAGGAUACAACUGAUGUUGAGCUACAAUGGUCUUUCCCUGGAGCAUUGUUGUAUUCCAUAACUGUUAUUACAACAAUUGGUUAUGGAAACAUUGCCCCGAAGACUGACAUCGGGAAAGUGGUAACAAUCUUCUAUGCUCUGUUUGGUAUUCCUCUCAUGCUUUUGUGUCUCACUAACAUCGGUGAUUUACUGGCUCGUUCGUUUAAAUUUGGUUAUUCUCGACUUUGCUGCGCUCUCUGUCGACAGAAGAGGUUAUCACAAGAUCAGGUUACGAAAAAAGGAGUUUCUAUGAGCCAAGCGAAGCCAGUAGAAGAUAAAACAGUCCAAAGAAUGAAAGAAGAAAAGUGCCCUGUGUCCACCAUUGACGUUGUUGUAGACGCCACUCGAGUGGCACUAGAACAAGAUAAUAAUGAACCAGAUGGUAGUCCAAAAUACGAAGUCACCGAGGAAGACAUGUUUCAAGAUGACGCUCAAAUGCGACAUCAAACUAUUUUAAGGCCAACACAUUCGACCUCUUUAACUAACAAAGUAAUCACAAGUGCCCAGGAUCACCAAUCACCUAAUAAUAUAGUAACCAAGGAACAAGCUUUUCGGGACAACAAAAAUAUUGUAGAAGAACGUGUUCCCAUCUAUUUGGUGUUGCUUUUGGUCACAGGAUACAUCUGCGGUGGCGCCAUCUUGUUCUCUCUGUGGGAAAAUUGGAGCUUUUUGAAUGGUGCCUACUUUUGUUUUAUCACACUAAGCACCAUUGGAUUUGGAGACCUUGUGCCCGGCACCGAUAUCUUCGAUACCCGAGAGCAAGCAAAGCUGAUAAUAUGCUGUUUUUACUUAAUCAUCGGUCUUGCUAUUAUCGCUAUGUCUUUCAAUUUGGUACAAGAAGAAGCGGUUAUUAAAUGCAAGACUAUUGCAAGGAACCUGGGGAUUUUGUCUGCUGACAACGAUAGUAACUAAAACUUGCAGCAUUAUCAAUCUUGUAUAAAAUAACAAUUAUAAAUAAAGUACCACAAGACUGAUUUUAAAAAUCAUUGAUUUAUGUCGAUUACAAAAAUCAUCUGGAGCUCGUAAAUUCUAUACUGAAUAAUCACUAAAACUGUCUGUUGAAACUAGUAUUUAUUAAUAACCGCUUAGUAUUGUUUCUUCUUGACUUAAUAUAAAAUGGUUGAUUGUAUGUUAACUAAAAAUUCCCUAAGAUGUCACAAGAUAAAUUUAGUUAGUUUAUUAAGUUAAUGAGGGAAUUAAAUUAAAAUAUUUUGGUGGAACUGUGAUCCGUACUUAUACGUGAUUUGUAUCACAAAUUUUAGGCCUACUGGUCUUAAUAUUGUAGUAUUAAAGCCAAUUGAAUUGUUUCCAAUAAUUAUUUAAUAUUGUAGCUGAAAACUUAUAAUACUUCUGGAUACUGUCAUUGUAUUGUUGUAAUACAUCUUGAUUGUUUGUUUGUUCGUUUUUUAAUUUCACGCAAAGCUACUCGAGGGCUAUCAGCAAUAGCCUUCCCUAUUUUUAAAGUUAACGCCACAUUAUAACGUCCUCAUGGUUGAAAGGGUGAGCAUGUUAUGUGACAAGAUUCGAACUAGCAACCCGUGCGAGUCGAGUUCUCUGACCACCAACCAGGCCAUGCCAGUAAAUUUUGAUGUAACCACUGGUGAGUGUGUUUGUGUCCCAGCCGGCCUGAUGAGCUCUCUAUUGAGCGAAACGUAUCGCCAGCUAUGGAAAUGAUGGACAGUGUGGUUGGAAUACUAUUAUACACUCACUCACCCACUCUUCUUUAUCUUAAACAACCCUAGGGAACUGAAUGAACAAUAUAUGUGUGAAAAAUUGAAACAGAUCCAAUACUAAUGUCUUACGACAAGUAUAAUUAUAUCUUGAUGUACUUUCAAACAGUAAUUUACCAUUUAUGUUAUAAUCACAAAUAUUAAGUCUAUCAUUUUAAUAUUGUUGCAGUAAAAGAAUCCGUGUUUCUUUCAAAUGAUGUUUUACUAUUCAUUAUUUAAACGCCGAAAGCUGGUGAAGCAUCAGAAAUAAUAAGCCUAAAAUUUGUGAUAAAAUUCCAGCCCAACUGACGUGUUUUGGCAUAUACGAUUGACCUACUGGAUAGUGACUUUUGACAAAUAAAAUAUAGAUGAGAAAUACUACUUCUACUCGCCUCUGUUUUUAAAUCCGUAAUGGGCAAAUUAAGAGGAAUGUGUAAAAAAGAAAAAAACAUCCGCAGUUUAAGUGAUUUUUAUCACAAAUGUUAAGCCUAUUGGUUUCAAAUGCUUAGCCAGCUUUCGGUGUUUAAACUGACCUUUUAAAGUAUUAUGCUGCGUAUAUAUAAGUGGUAAUAAUAGAACCUUCUGUCUCUCAUCUUCUGACCCAUAUGUCAAGUUCUGGUGUUGACGAAAGGUUUUGGGGCAGUCUUGAGGCAAACAAAAUGUAAAUCUGAAAUGCUAUUUUACGCGCCUGUUAUUUUGAACCGUAACAAUAUUGUGCUUUUUAUAGACGUAUUACGAUAGGUAUCUUUAAAUGUAUUCCAAGAAUUUUCGUAAAAAAAAUGUAUGGGCAGUGUCUAUGGUUACGAGUUUUAAAAAACAAAACCUUUUAAUUUGUUUAUUACGAAUUUCAGACUACAGUUAUGUACAAAAAACAUUCCAUAAACACAUUUUGACUCCUACAGUCCUACUUGUCACUGCUGGAACCCUUUCCAACUCAUCAGUUGAGUUGAAUCACGAUAAGGGUUUGUCUGAAACUCUAUUUAUACAAGCAGUACAUGAAUUUUCAAGUAACAGCUUCAAGCCGAAAGCUGGCGAAGCACUUCAAUUCAAUUGGCCUAACAUCCAUAACAAAAAUCAAAUGAAACUGUAGGUUUUCUUUUUCACAAUUCUCUUAAACUGCCCAAUGGGGACUUCAAAACAAGGGUGUAAAAUUUGGAUUUCAGAUAGAGCUUUUGUGUACUACUGCCCAGGAGGCCUUUUUUAAAACCGUUAAGUUUAUGCUGGUCGGUGAACUGGAGUUUGUACGUUCUAGUACUCGAUAAGCGUUAUACAGAAUGCAAAUAGAAAACAGCAAUAACAAAUUGUUAUAUUAUCUGAUAAUCUUGCUUGUUUGCUUUCUAUUGUUGUAGCACUCUUAACAAAUGAACCUAAUUUUGUGCUACUGGAAAUAAAUAUUUGUUUGUAAUUCAGCCAAAUUUAUAUUAAUAGGUUCACAGUUAAUAUAUCGAGUAAAAUAUUCAUAUAUCAAUUUUUUCUAUCCGAGUGUGCUAUCAGGUUCUCCGACCGAUGAGUCUGGAAACUAAGUAUAUAUGCGACUUUAAUGUAUAUAAAAACACAAGAGGGAAUUCU